GAGGCCCCCGCGGCGGCCCCGGAGCAGUCGUCGCCCGUCAGGCCGCGGUGCGUUGUCGUCCUACGGCGGCGGCGCGGUACCGCGCAGCGCUUCUCCCGGUGGCGCGGCGGCUUCGGAGGCUCGGCCGCCUGGCAAAGGCAUCUUCCCUAGAAUUAAAGUUCAUUUUGCUGCUUGCUGUACAAAAGAUACUUGAAUACCUAAUAUUAAACAUAUUAGAAGAAUUUACAGAGAAACACUAUCCUCAGACUUCCUAAAGGCAGAAAAUGGAGGAAUCUGUAAACCAAAUGCAGCCACUGAAUGAGAAGCAGAUAGGUAAUUCCGAAGGCGGAUAUGUGUGGCAAGUCACUGAUAUGAAUCGGCUACACCGGUUCUUGUGUUUUGGUUCUGAAGGUGGGACUUACUAUAUCAAAGAACAGAAGCUGGGCCUUGAGAAUGCCGAAGCUUUAAUCAGAUUGAUUGAAGAUGGCAGAGGAUGUGAAGUGAUACAGGAAAUAAAGUCCUUUAGUCAAGAAGGCAGAACCGCAAAGCAGGAACCCACGCUCUUUGCCCUCGCCAUUUGCUCCCAGUGUUCAGACAUAAGCACCAAACAAGCCGCCUUCAAAGCUGUUCCUGAAGUUUGUCGCAUCCCUACACACCUCUUUACUUUCAUCCAGUUUAAGAAAGAUCUAAAGGAAAGCAUGAAGUGUGGCAUGUGGGGUCGUGCCCUCCGGAAGGCUGUAGCAGACUGGUACAAUGAAAAGGGUGGCAUGGCCCUCGCCCUGGCAGUUACAAAAUACAAACAGAGAAAUGGCUGGUCUCACAAAGAUCUGUUAAGACUGUCGCAUCUUAAACCUUCCAGUGAAGGACUUGCUAUUGUCACCAAAUAUAUUACAAAGGGCUGGAAAGAGGUCCAUGAACUGUAUAAAGAAAAAGCGCUUUCUGUGGAGGCUGAAAAAUUAUUAAAGUAUCUUGAGGCUGUAGAGAAAGUGAAGCACACAAAAGAUGAACUGGAAGUCAUUCAUCUGAUAGAAGAGCACAGACUGGUUAGGGAACAUCUCCUAACAAAUCACUUAAAGUCUAAAGAGGUAUGGAAGGCUUUGUUACAAGAAAUGCCUCUCACAGCAUUACUACGGAAUCUGGGAAAGAUGACAGCUAACUCAGUGCUUGAACCAGGAAACUCAGAAGUGUCUUUAGUAUGUGAAAAGCUGUGUAAUGAAAAAGUGUUAAAAAAGGCUCGUAUACAUCCAUUUCAUGUUUUAAUUGCGUUAGAAACUUAUAAGACAGGUCAUGGGCUCAGAGGAAAACUGAAGUGGCGCCCCGAUGAAGAAAUUCUGCAAGCUUUGGAUGCCGCUUUUUAUAAAACAUUUAAGACAGUCGAGCCAACUGGAAAGCGUUUCUUACUGGCAAUCGAUGUCAGUGCUUCUAUGGACCAAAGAGUUUUGGGUAGUGUACUCAAUGCAAGCACAGUAGCUGCAGCAAUGUGCAUGGUUGUCACACGAACAGAGAAAGAUUCUUCUAUAGUUGCUUUUUCAGAUGAAAUGGUACCAUGUCCAGUGACUACAGAUAUGACCUUACAACAAGUUUUACUGGCUAUGAGUCAGAUCCCAGCAGGUGAGACUGAUUGCUCUCUUCCGAUGAUCUGGGCUCAAAAGACAAAUACAGCUGCCGAUGUCUUCAUCGUAUUCACUGAUAAUGAGACCUUUGCUGGAAGUGUCCAUCCUGCUACCGCUCUGAGGGAAUAUCGAAAGAAUAUGGAUAUUCCAGCUAAAUUGAUUGUUUGUGGAAUGACAUCAAGUGGCUUUACCAUUGCAGACCCAGAUGACAGAGGCAUGCUGGACAUGUGUGGCUUUGAUACUGGAGCUCUGGAUGUGAUUCGAAGUUUCACAUUAGAUAUGAUUUAACCAUAAGCACCAGCACAAUCUAAGAGGUCCACUGCCAUCAGUGAUCUCGCUAGAAACACACAGCUACUUCCCAGCUAAUCUUAAUCCACUGAGAGAAGUCAGACAAUGGUACAGUAUGUGCAUAAUGGAAAGGUUACCUUACCAAAAAAAAAGGAAGGAACAAUAAGAUGAGCCCAAAGUUCUUUCUACUAAACUAGCUUUUGGGAAAUAGCUUCAGAAUACACUGUAGCCCCCUCUGCCUAACAGAGAACUUCUUGUUGAGACACUGUAAAAUAGUCAAACAGUUCUGCUUUGGUGAAUGAUCACAUUUGUACUUAAAAGAAGUGAGAGCCAAAAGUGUAAGUAGUCCUAUAUCAUGUCAUUUGUUUGAGAAAUGCCUUUAAGUUUUCUUAAGUGUUUUCAUUGGUAAAGGACAGCUUUGAUAAUGUCCAAAUAAUCUGAAAUGCACUGGACCAUGUACUGUGAUUGAUUAUGAAACUCCUUGAAAAUCUUUAUACCAAGGGGAUAAAACAACAACCAAGACAUUUGCUUAUGAAUGAGUUUUACAAAUUGCUUUAACAGUUUUCUCCAAUCACAUAGAUAGCAGCAUUCUCAGUCACUGAAAAAGAUGCUCUGUUUCUGAGGGUUAAUUUACACCUACAGGAUUGUUUACCAUUAACCAGAAACAUAAUGGAAACCUUUGAGAAGAGAAACUAAAGUUUGUGUCAGCUGAGGAAGUCUAUUUUGGUUUGUUUUUGUUUGUUUAUUGCUGUGAGGGGCAUGACUUGAUGGUUUCCUGUGGUUUUACAACAUAGCCAUGUGUAGGGACACAUUUUUUUAUAUGUUUCAUCUUAUGAGAACAUAAGAUGUUUCAAGCAUUUAAAUAAUUUCCCCAACUCAUAAUCUGAAAACUAUGACAAAUAAAAUCUCAACUAUAACCAUAAUCUGGUUAUACCUUAAUUUAAAAUAUUUUACCUUACUUUAAAAUAUUGUUUUAAUUUUAACUACUUUUUUUAGCCAAGUAUAAAUGGGUUUUAGAUAUUUCUAAUUGUAAACAUGUUGGCAUCCUCCUCUCUUUGUCUACUAUUCAUUUGUGGCAAAAUAUUCUUUUUUGAUAGUGUAAAAAAAUAAGCAAGCUAGGUCUUUCAGGUUUGAAAGGCAAUUUUUGAGUGGCAUAUUACCACUAACCAGUCUAUAGGAAAUUAAAUUUUUCUUAUUUGUGUGUAUUAAACUUCCUAUUCAUUAUAAAGUGCAUUAUUUCCUUGAGCAAAUACCCCUUCUGUGUGGGGAGCUUUAAGCUGUUGAAAUGCCAAUAUAUUUGCUCAUAAUUAUAUCAUGGUUAUCUAAGAUAAUGUGCACAUAAAACCUAGUUUUUAUGUAUUCUUUAAAUGUAUUUAAAGAUUUACUGGGGAUUUUUAAAGCCUUCUCACUAUGAAAAGUCAAACAAUAAGUGUAAAUCACACACUUGUGUGUGCUUGGGGGUUAGAGAUUUUAUGUUGGGGGCAGAAGGAUUAAGUAAUGUUAGAAUCUGUAUGUUUUCUGUUUCAUGAGAAAUUUGGGCUCUGGGAGUGACAAGAAAAUGUCCCUUUCAAACUUAUUUGACAUAUUUAUACUGGGUUUAUCUGAUAUGUAGCCAUUCCUUCAAGGCAACUGGUAGCAAUUUGUAAAUAUUGUGAUUUACCUGAGAUACUGGUCAACAAAGCUAGUGGCAUCACUACCCAACACCCCAAAAAUACAUCGCUUCUGGUAUCUUUGGUUUUUUUACCCUCCGUCACGCAUUAGAUUUGAAAUGGUAGCUACUUUCAAUACAUUAAAAUAUUAUGCUCAGAUUGAAUUUAAAGUUUAAAGAACCUAAUAGAAUCAUGUAAUCGUACUUGAAUUCAUUACAUAAACCCAAGGUCGUGUUAAAUUAAAAAUUAUAACAUGAUCUAACUUUUUAUUCCUAAUAGAAAUAUUAAGUGGAAUAUAAUAUAAACGCUUAUUUCCUUUGGUUAAAUAUUGUUUCUAUAUUGUUUUUAGACAGAAUAUUCAGGAACUAAUAUUAAUAAAUCCAUCAGAGAAGUAACAUUAGCUGUGACCUUUUUGAAGUCACAUAGAAAAGUCUAUUAAAUGUUAAGACUUGAGAAAGAAAACUAAAGACCACCACACAAGGUAGCUUUAUUUUCAAAUCAUGGAGCUUUAGAGCUGGAAAUAACCUUAGAAACGUAAAAGGUAAUUCUUUGACUUAGGCUAGGAACCUGAGGUCCAAGAGAAUGUGACGUUGGAGCCCUAGAUCGAGAAAUAGCCUCCUCAUUCUCAUCCCAGUGUUCAUUUCCCCACAAAAUGGGAGGACAUUUACUUACAAGAGUAAGGGAUAAAAUAGAAUUAUUCAAAACUUUUAUCUUUUUAGGUAUUAGGAAAUAAUUAAUGUAUAUACAUGAUUGCUUUAGGAGUAGAAAAACAGAGAAAUUGUGAACAUGUAUACUUUUGUAGUUCAUAGUGACCCUCAAGCACAAUUAAUAUCUUAAUAACCUGUGUUGCUAUAUAACAUAGUCAUAUAGAAAAAAUAAAAACUUUUACCUCAUUAUGAAUAAAAUAUUCUCAAGUAAUAAAGAAGUUUUAUUUUCUGAAUUACUUUUAGCAUUACCGCUGAUUAGGAAAAUGUUGCUUUUAAAAAAACAACCCUAAGAAAAAUAAACUUUAUGUCCCAGAAAAUAGGUAAAUAUUUUCAGGAUAUAGUUGUAAUUAGUAAAAACAAAAACUAAUCUUAUAAUCGUACCCUUUCCUUGUUAGUUGAAAUUUCUAGGAAAUUCCACUUAGGAACACUGUCUUGUAUUGUUUAGUUUAGUGAUCAUCUUAUGGGAAUAUUGGUGAGGAAAAUGCUCAAUGAACGGGGAUGUACCAUCAUCUCCCUGGAGCCUCUUUCACUCUAACUUACUGUGUGACUGGAGACAACCAGUUUAACCUGUGUGAUUCAAUUGUGCUAUCCUUAAAAAACAACAUAUCUGAUCCUUGGGUCAUAGAAGAAUCAAUGAAUUUGUAUCUGUAUGAAAGUCAAAAUUGGCAAGAGGGCUUGCAAUACAAAUUAGAACUUCUUUAAAAUUAAAACUUUUAAUAGGAUAUAUGUUUUGAAAGAUAAAAUGUUUUAGAAAAACAGCUCAUUAGCUGAGUAAUUUUUUUAAACACUCCUGUUCUGAACGGGAAAUGUCAUCAUUCUCUGAUAAGAGAAAGAAGUAAUGUAUUCCAAGUCUAAGAUCCCAUUAAAAAACAAACUCAUACUCUAAGUAAGAAGAUGGUCUUACAAACAUUUGCUUAACCUUUUAAAUAAUAGGUAAAUCUAUAAAUGAUAGAAUAUCAGUUAAUCAGGCUUUUUUUCUGCAAAACAAUUUAAAGUUAUUUGGGAAAUUUAAGACAGGAUUUCUGAAUAAAUGUGAGGAUAUGAUAGUUAAGUGAGAAACGUCUUUAGAAGCACAGUAAAGCUCUGUCUAAACUAUAAAGGAAAAUGAUUGUGAUCACUUAUUGGACUUAUUUUAAUUUGACUUAAAGGUACCCACACAUUUCUCAAUAAGGCCCUUACAGUAAGUAAUCAAAAAUGAAAAAUUCUAGUCUUGUCUACCACAGACAUGGGAGAUUUGUUAAGGCGAUAACCCCUCUAGAGAAAUGUCAGAUAGCUGCAAUGGACACAUACACAAGGGAGAAUUAGGGAAAAAGGUGAGUUGGACUAAUUAAUUAGGUGAACUUACUGUAUGCAUUUAAUCUAGUAUAUCCCAUAUACCUGCCCCCUAGUCCCUUAUUUGUUGGAAGAUUACUUCUAUACCUUUUUUUCCUUUUAAAAUUCCUUUCUUUGUUCUGACAUUUUGGUCUUUUGUUUUUCUACUCCUGCUCUACCUGAGUAAUAAAGUGAAUGACAAGAAAGUCACCUGUAUUUAGGUUUGGGACCCAUCUUUUGCAGAUUGCUUUUUAUUCCACAUAGAGUUAAGGUCACAUUUUUUUUCAAAUUAAUAACAGGCAGGUCUCUGGAACAAUAAUCAAAUUGAUAAAUUCUCUUCCCAAUCAAGUUAACUUGUAUACCUUUUAUAUAAGCUGUAUGCAGAAAUUCUGUGGCCUUUUGAGUAGGGUUAGUUAUUCAGCCUUUGUUUGCAAUUACAGGUGUACCUGGCUCUUAGAAAAAGCACUCUUUGAAAAAUAAAUAACUGAAGACUCUCAGAAAGUAGCACACCUCAGUGCUCAUAUUUCCAUAAUUAUGAAGACUACCCACAAAAUCUUUGGUCUACCAAGUACUUGACGAUGCUUGUAUAUACAUGGCUUGUAGUAUAAAAGGUUUUGUAUCCACAUUGAAAAUUUUUUUACUUGGUAUUUUAUUUACAUUUGGAAAAAUGACGUUAUUAUGACGUUAAUUUAAAAAUCCUCUGGUAGUAUUUUUCAUGUAGAAAACUAAUAAUUAAAAAAAACUAAUAAUAUAGUUAAACUUACUGUUUGAAUAGAAAUUAUAAUAAAUGACACAUUUUCCUAAACUCUGAAAAUACCAAAUUAUAUAGGAAAUCGGUAAAAAGAAACAUAAAUUUAGGAGAUAUGUUGCAGAAUUCUAUGACUGAAAUUAAUGUGAUUAUUUUCAAUGAGAGUUAAUUUUGUAAAUACAAUGAAAACAUAUAAAAGGUAUUUCUGAGCCUAAGAAAAUUUUUCCAUUUGCUUCUAUUUAAUUUAGUACCGCCAUGUUGUGCUCGCUUCGGCAGCACAUAUACUAAAAUUAGUACCGCCAUGUUAUAGUAAUUUUAUGAACAGAAGUGAAAAUAUUUCAUUUUCAAAUAUAUUUAAAUUUUUCUGCUUUUAGAAGCUAUCAGAAUCUCUACAUGAAAAAAGAAAUAGUAAGUUAGAUACGUUUCACUUGAUGAACAUUUGGAUUGUUAAGGGUAGUAAAUGGGGUUAAAGCCUUGCUAUUUUAUGUAUCAUUACCACAUAAUUGAUGGAACAUUAUAUCAAUACAAUCAUUGUAUCAAAACCUCUGUUUAAAUUACUUAUUAAGCUUUAUUUGCAAUGCAAACUGUUUAGAAUCCACACACGGCCAAAUCAAAGAUAUUAUAUAAUUAAUGAAUAGUAACCAAGAAAAAAUAUUUUUGUUGCACUACUAAAGAUGGACUGCAUGUAAUUUGGUAUGGUUUGAGUAGACAUAACUUGUAAUGCGUCUGAAUUAUAUUUUCCUCCUUUUAUUGUCAGCUUCUGAUAAUGAAGAAAUUCUCCUAAGGGAUGAGAUAUAUGAAAUCAGCUUUAAAAAAAUUGGUUGGGGAAGAACUGUUAUGAUCUAGUUAUAAAAUCUCAUUUUCUUUAUAUAAAGGCUUUGAUUUCCAUAUCUGACCACUCAGUAUUUAAAUUAUACAGACUAAUGCCCGCAUAGAAUAAAACUGAAGUAUAUAAGAGCCUUAAAGUGAAAAAAAUGAACCUUCUGACUGCCUUAAAAUAUGACUAGCUCUCCAACACAGGCAUACGUACUUUGCUUAGGGUCUGUUCAUUAAGUAAUGCCUUAAUAGUGUCAGUAUUUCUGAAGUAUAGAACUUGAAGGUUCUUUUACAGCUUUCUCUUUUUACAUAAAGAAUGGAAAUUUAACAAGUGUUAAAAUCUGAUUGUACAUUAGUUGUUUAAGCACCCACUAACAGGAUAAUCUAGGACACUGAUGUGUUAUACAUACAUGACUGUUAACAUCAGUAAUACCUUGUGAUAGUUCAAGGUUUUUUAUUGUUUUAUAUAACAAAUUAUCCAAGAAGCUGGACUCUAUGUAACAUGAUCUCCAAGGACCAAGUUGCAUAUUUAAACACUCUGAGUGAAAAAUAAAAUUGUACAGUUCCAAAAAUGAUUAAUUUUUUAAGGGAAUUUUUCAAGACAAAAGGCAAAUAUUUUCUUUCAAGCCUACCAGCAAUUCAUUCCAAAAGUGAAUACAGUUGUAAAACAGUUGCAAUAAGAAGUAUCAAGGCCAGUGACGUUUAAUUACAUUCACAUUUUUACAUUCACUUUGCCUUUUAAAGCAGGAAUAUUUUAUAAAAAUGAGAGAAAACUUUAAAUUGUCAAGCUGGUGCUUUAAAGUAUAUCAAGUCUGAUUUAUAACACAUUCCAUUUCAAAGAAAAAGGACCCUGAAAGGAGGGGCAGGGUUUUCCUAGAUCUGUUGAUAAACUCACUGACACUCUGUUGAGUCUUCCAAGUUAUCACUGUAAAUAACACAUCUAACAAUGUAAUUCUGCUGUUUUCUGAUAGAAAGAUGGAUGAAACACUAAUGUAUGAAAUUUGUUUCAUGACAAAAUAGUUUCCACCAAUACUGUGAAAUCUGGACUCUCCUGUCGAGCCCUGCAAAACGCAUACUGGAUAAAUCAUUCUAGACAUCGAGUGCAGGUGGGCACAAUGUGAACUGUUUCUGGUCACUUGUAUUAUUGUAGAAUUUGAUAGAGGUACCAAAUAAACUCUAUGCACAUCAA